AUGCCUACCGUCACAGUCUCACUCCCCCAGAUCGCCAAGCUCAUCGACCACUCCCUGCUGCACCCCACCCUCACCGACGAUGACAUCACAGCCGGACUCGUCUUCGCACGCAAUCUCAAACUCGCAGCCGCCUGCGUCAAGCCCUACUCCGUGCCCGACGCCGCCCGCCUCCUCGCCGGCUCCUCUGUCCUCGUCUGCUCUGUCGUUGGUUUCCCCCACGGCAACAGCACCCAAAACAUCAAGCUCGCCGAGACCCGUGAAGCCCUUGACGCCGGCGCCGCGGAGAUUGAUGUCGUCGUCAACGUCGCCAAAGUCCUUGGCGGUCAGUGGGACUACGUCGAGCAAGAGAUCGAAGCCCUCGCCCGACUCGUCGCCUCACGAAGUGCCGCUCUCAAAGUCAUCUUCGAGAACGACUACCUGCAGGACGAGCACAUCAUCCGCCUCUGCGAGAUCUGCACAAAACACAAUGUCGCCUUCGUCAAGACGAGCACCGGUUAUGGUUUCGUCAAGCAGCCCAAUGGCAUGUAUAGCUAUCAGGGCGCCACUGUCCCCCACCUGAAGCUCAUGAGGCAGCAUGCCGGUGCCGCCGUGCAGAUCAAGGCUGCCGGCGGCGUGAGGACGCUCGACGACCUAUUGUACGUAAUGAGCCUCGGCGUCACGAGGGUCGGUGCCAGCGCUACCCAGGCCAUCAUGGAUGAGGCCAAGACGAGAGGCAUAGGAGAGACCGAGGUCGAGGUCCAGAUCAAAGAGAUGGCCGUUCAGAGCCAGUAG